AUGAGGCGUGCAGCUUGCAUAGCCCUCGCCCAUCCACCAUCCACCAUCCACCAUCCAAAUCCCCCUCCCUCCCUCCAUCUCCACACAUCCCACCCAUCCAUCCAUCCAUUCAUCCAUCUAAUCUCACGCCUUAGUACGCAUACACGAACCCACCCCAUCUUGCAAAUCCCGUGCCACAAUCAAAAACCCCACAACCCGUUUUUUUUUUCUUGA